AUGCUUCUCGAACGCCGAACUAAAAAGUCACCUUUUGAUGAGUCUUUAAAUCAGCAUGUCAAAGUCCCUCAGAUAACAAUUGACACUUUGGAACCACCAGCUGCUGAAGAUCCUCCUGCAGCACAAAAGCAAACAAGUGAAACUGAUGAAAGGGAUCAGUAUUUGCCUCUAUCAAGUUUGAUAGCCUCUAAAGAGUCAGGAACUUUGACUUUCAAACAUCACCCAGAUUGGACAAUCAGUCAAGAUAAAAAGGACAUUGAAGAAAUCAAGACUAUGGAAGCAUGGCACAAUGCUUACCCAAUUUUUGUUUCAGUGUUCUUAGAAAAAUCACCAGAGUUGGGUCCUGCACUGAUGAAACAUUCAUCAACGGUACAGAAUUUGGCGAAACUAGCCGGAACAUAUGCAGCAAUAAAAUACGACACUCAGUUCCGGAAACUUCGUGAGGAAUGCCCAACAACAACACCUUGGGACAUGCCUAACAUGGAGUUGUACAACAAAGCCAUCACAGACGGGUUAAGCUUCCAGCAAAAAUUCAGGCCAGGACAAAGGGGUCAAACAAACAACCUUUUUCGUGGGAAACGCACACAAACCUGUAACCUGUAUAAUGAGGGAAUUUGCUACAGAAACAACUGCCGGUUUCAACACAUAUGCAUAUGAAGAUUUCUCACCCUCCUACCCAAGUUUUAGUAUAAUUUUGCCUUUUACAAUGUUAAA